AUGCCUCCCAAGAAGCAGCAAGUUCAAGAAAAGGUCCAUUUGGGCCGUCCAGGAAACAACCUGAAGAGUGGUAUCGUUGGUCUUGCCAAUGUCGGCAAGUCGACACUCUUCCAAUCCAUCACCAAGUCCUCCUUGGGUAACCCGGCCAACUUCCCCUAUGCCACCAUUGACCCCGAGGAGGCCCGCGUUAUCGUCCCCGAUGAGCGGUUCGACUGGCUCUGCCAGCACUACAAGCCCAAGUCGCAGGUUCCUGCUAACUUGACCGUGUACGAUAUUGCCGGUCUGACCCGCGGUGCCUCUACUGGUGCAGGCUUGGGUAACUCCUUCCUGUCCCACAUUCGCGCUGUCGAUGCCAUUUUCCAGGUGGUCCGCUGCUUCGAUGAUGCUGAGAUUAUUCACGUCGAGGGUGAUGUCAACCCUUGUCGUGAUUUGAACAUCAUCAGCGAGGAGCUGCGCAUUAAGGAUAUGGAGUUUGUCGAGAAGGCUCUCGAAGCCCUCGGCAAGCAGACUCGCCGUGGUGGACAGUCCCUUGAGAUGAAGAAGCUCAAGGAAGAGGAGGCUACCACAGCUAAGAUCCUUCAGUUCCUGAAGGAUGGCAACGACAUCCGCAAGGGUGAUUGGAGCCCCAAGGAGGUCGAAGUCAUCAACCCUCUGUUCCUGCUCACUGCCAAGCCCGUCGUGUACCUUGUCAAUCUGAGCGAGAGAGAUUACAUCCGCCAGAAGAACAAGUACCUUCCCCAAGUCUUUGAGUGGAUCAAGACCAACUCGACUGGUGACCCCAUUCUUCCCGUCUCUGCACAGUUCGAGGAGCGUCUGACUCUUAUGCACGAUGAUGCGGCCGCUGAGGCCGAGUGCAAGACCUUGGGCACCAAGUCCGGUCUGCCCAAGAUUAUCACCACCAUGCGUUCAGCCCUGAGCUUGGCCAGCUUCUUCACCACUGGUGAGGAUGAGGUUCGCCAGUGGACUAUCCGCAAGGGUAUCAAGGCUCCUGCUGCGGCUGGUGUGAUUCACACCGAUUUCGAGAAGACCUUUAUUCAGGCCAUCGCAUACAACUACGCUACUCUGCGUGAGGUUGGUGAUGAAGCCGGUGUCAAGGCCGCUGGUAAGAUCAUGACCAAGGGCAAGGAUUACGUCGUCGAGGACGGUGAUAUCCUGCUCAUCAAGGCCGGUGCUGCUAAGCACUAG